UCAUUCUGUGAACCUCGGUUUCCCCAUCUCUAACUUUUUAAAAAAAUUUUCCUCCUUUUUGGCAGUCAUCUUUGACUAAACUUUUUAAUUUUUUAAUUUUAUUUCUUUAUUUUUGAGACAGAGUCUCACUUUAUUGCCCAGGCUGGAGUGCAGUGGCGCGAUCUCGGCUCACUGCAAGCUCUGUCUCCGGGGUUCAAGCAAUUCUCCUGCCUUGGCCUCGGGAGUAGCUGAGAAUACAGGUGUGCGCCAACAUGCCCGGUUAAUUUUUGCAUAUUUAGUAGACACGGGGUUUCACCACGUUGCUCAGGCUGGUCUCAAACUCCUGAUUGCAUGUGAUCCACCCUCCUCGGCCUCCCAAAGUGCUGGGAUUACAGGCAUGAGCAACCUCGUCCAGCCCCAUCUCUUAACAUUUUAAUAGUGGUAGCACAAUUCAGCCCUGGGGGCUUUAAGAAUUCAAGAAGGCUAUCUAUGUACAGUUCUCAGUAACCCACCAAGCACCUAGCUGGUGCUCAAGUAAGCUUUUUUGUUCCCUGUUUUUAAAGCUAUGAAUAGGACUUUAUCAUAUAUAUAAUUCACACACCAUAACAUCCACCACUAUUACUAUUUUUUGAGGCAGGGUCUCACUCUUACCCAGGGUGGAGCGCAAUGGUGAAAUCGUGGUUCAUUGCGGCCUUGACCUCCUGGGAUCAAGUGAACCUUUGCAUCAGCCUCUUGAAUAGCUGAGACUAGUUGUGUACCACCACCCACCAUGGGAGAAUCGCUUGCAUUCAGAAGUUCAAGACUAGCCUAGGUGAAUUUGGCUGGGCAUGACUCACACCUGUAGAAGUGCUAAGGGUAGAGCAUCAUAUUUAGCCCAAAAGGUUGAGGCUGCAGGGCGCUGUGAUCAUGCUACUGCACUCCAGCCUGGGUGACAGAGACAGACCUUGUCAUUAUUUUAAUUUUAAUUAAUUAAUUAAUUUUUGAGAUGGAGUCUCGCUCUGUUGCUCAGGCAGGAGUGCAGUGGUGCGAUCUCGGCUCACUGCAGUCUCCGCCUUCUAGGUUCAAGCAAUUCUCCUGCCUCAGACUCUUGAGUUGCUGGGAUUACAGGUACACACCACCAUGCUGGGCUAAUUUUUUGUCUUUUUAUUAGAGACGAUGUUUCACCAUGUUGCCCAGGCUAGUUUCAAACUCCUGACCUUAGGUGAUUCACCCACCUCGGCCUCCCAGAGUGCUGGGAUAACAGGAGUGAGCCACUGCACCUGGUGCCCACUCUUAAAAAAAAAAAAAAAAAAAAAAAAAGGCCAGUCAUGGUGGCUCAUGCCUGUAAUCCCAGCACUUUGGGAGGCCGAGGCAAGCGGAUCACAAGGUCAAGAGACUGAGACCAUCCUGGCCAACAUGGUGAAACCCCGUCUCUACUAAAAAUAUAAAAAUUAGCUGGGCUUGGUGGCAUGUGCCUGUAGUCCCAGCUACUUGGGAGGCUGAGGUGGAAGAAUCACUUGAACCCGGGAGGCAGAGGUUGCAGUGAGCCAAGAUUGUGCUACCAUGCUCCAGCCUGGUGACAGAGCAAGACUCCGUCUCAAAAAAGGAAAAAAAAAAAGAAAAGAAAUGUUGACCGCGCGGUGACUAACGUCUGUAAUCCCAGCACUUUGGGAGGCUGAGGUGGGCGGAUCACAAGGUCAGUAGUUCAAGAUCACCCUGACCAAAAUGGUGAAGCCCUGUCUCUACUAAAAAUACAAAAAUUGGCCAGGCACGGUGGCUCAUGCCUGUAAUCCCAGCACUUUGGGGGGCCGAGGCUGGCAGAUCAUGAGGUCAGGAGUUCGAGACCAGUCUGGCCAAGAUGGGAAACCCCAUCUCUACUAAAAACACUAAAAAAUUAGCUGGGUGUGGUGGCACGUAGCUGUAGUCCCAUCUACUCUGGAGGCUGAGGCAGAAGAAUUGCCUGAACCCAGGAAGCAGAGGUUGCGGUGAGCUGAGAUGCCACUGCACUCCAGCCUGGGUGACAGAGUGUAACUCCAUCUCAAAAAAAUAACAAAAAACAGAAAUUAGCUUCUGGGCAUGGUGGCAUGUGCCUGUAAUCCCAACUACUUGGCAGGCUGAGGCAGGAGAAUUGCUUGAACCCAGGAGGCAGCGGUUGCAGUGAGCUGAGAUCAUGCCACUGUACUCCAGCCUGGCGAUAGAGCAAGACUCAGUCUCAAAAAAAAAAAAAAAAGAAAUGUCUGUUCAGAUCUUUGGUUUGUUUUUCAACUGGGCUGUUUUAUUGUUGUGAAAAUUCUUUAUAUAUUUUUAAAAAUUUAUUUAUAUAUUGUAAAAGUUAUUUAUAUAUUUUAACUAGUUCCUUCUCAGAUAAAUGACUUGUAAAUAUUUUUGUUAUACUCUGUGAGUUGUCUUUUCAUUUCUUUCUUUUUUUUUUUUAUUACAACAUGGUCUUUUAGUCUUUUCAUUUCUUGGUGGUAUCUUUAAAGCACAAGCUUUAUGUUUAUUGAGAUGUAAUUCACCCACCAUGAAGUAGCAGAAAAGUUUUAAAUUUUGAUGAAGCCCAAUUUAUUAAUUUUUUUCUUUUCUUUUCUUUCUUUUUUUUUUUUUGCUUGUGCUUUUUGUGUCAUCUACAAAGUCCUUGCCUAACUAAAGAUCAUGAAGACUUACUCAUAUUUUCUUCUAAGGGAUUUUUUGUUUUAGCUCUUACAUUUAGGUCUUUAAUCCAUUUUGAGUUAAUUUUUAUAUAGGGUGUAAGGUAGGAGUUCAAGCUUUUACAUAUGUAUAUCCAGUUGUCCCAGUACCAUUUGCUGAGAUUGUUCUUUUUUUUUUUUUGAGAUGGAGUCUCGUUCUGCCGCCCAGGCUGGAGUGCAGUGGCAUGAUCUUGGCUCACUGCAACCUCCACCUCCUGGGUUCAAGCAAUUUUCCUGCCUCAGCCUCCUGAGUAUCAGGGAUUACAGGCGCGCACCACCACGCCUGGCUAAUUUUUGUAUUUUAGUAGAGACAGGGUUUCAUCAUGUUGGCCAGGCUGUUCUCGAUCUCCUAACCUCAGGUGAUCUGCCCUCCUCGGCCGUCCAAAGUGCUGGGAUUACAGGCAUGAGACACUAUGCCUGUCCUAUACAGUCUUAAUUACUGUACCUUUGUAGUAAGUUUUCAAAUGAGUUCUCCCACUUUGUUCUGCUUUUUCUAGAUUGUUUUGUCUGUAGUUAAUUGUUUGUGCUCUGAAGCCAGGCACCUGAGAGCGGUGUGUUCUCAAGCAAAUUACUUAACCUGUCUGUGCCAAAGCUUCCUUAUCAUUAACAAGGGUAUGAUAGCAAUCAUACAGUGAUUAAAUAUGUGUGAAGCGUGCUCAGUACUUGGCUCAUAGAAAAGGCUCCAUGUGGGAAUAAUACCUUUUUCUGUUCACUCAACACCCGCUAUGACUCAGGCCCCCUUUUAUUGCAGGUGAUACAAUGGUGAAUAAAAUGGUCAGGUUUUUCUUGUGGAUUCAGUUGACCCUGGAAGCAGAUAAUCAGCAAGUAAAUGCAUUAAAAAUGGAAUAAUGAUUUUAUUUUUUGAGACAGGGUCUUGCUCUGUUGCCGAGGCUGGAGUGCAGCAGCUCAAUCAUAGCUCACUGUAGCCUCGACCUCCUGGGCUCAAGUGAUCCUCCUGGCUCAGCCUCCCAAAUAGCAGGGAUUACAGGCUUGAGCCAUCACACCAGUGGACUUUUCAUUUUUUUGUAGAGACAGGGUCUUACUAUGUUGCCUGAGGCUGGCAUAAAAGAAUUUCUGAGAGUAAUAUUAGUAAAUGCAAAGAAUAAAAUAAGGUGAUAGGGAGAAAGAAGGGGGCACUGUUUUAGUGGAGGAGGUUGGAGAAGGUCACUCUGAAGGGGCUUGAGCAGAGACUCAGAUGAUGAAAAGUGGCGACUGUGAGGAGAGCCAGGCAAAGCAUUGCAGGCCAAGGGAACAGCCCACACAGUGGCCCACGGGUAGGAAAGAGGGCAGCAGGUGUGAGAAACUGUCAAGAGGGCUGUGUGGCUGGAGCAGAGUCAGUGGGAGAGAGUGUUGGAGAGAGAGGUCAGGGAGGUGAUGGGGAAAGGCUUUUUGGGCUUGAUGGGCCAUGGUGAGAAUUUGGCUUUUACUCUGAGUGAGACACAACCUGAGAAGGCCCUGUGCAGAGGAGGGACAUGAUCUGAUUCUGGUCUUCCCAGCUUCCUCCUGUUGUGUAGAGGGCAGGGCAGGAGCAGGGUGACAAGGAGGAGGCUGCUGCAUUGCCCAGGCAGGAGAUGACGGGGCACAGGACCAGGGUGUUAGCUGCUGCUGUCCUCCUCACAGGGAGGAGGUCCCUGUCCCACCAGCAGCUCCUCAUCUGGAAUGGGAACUCAGAGGCAGGGCUAGGGACAGGUAUAAUGGACAGGAUUGAAAGGAGCCUGGCGCUAGGUGUGGUGGCUCAUGCCUGUAGUCCCAGCACUGUGGGAGGCAAGGGAGAGAAGAUUGCUUGAGCCCAAGAGUUCAAGACCAGCCUGGGCAACACAGGGAGACCCUGUCUCUACAAAAAAAUAAACAAAUUAGCCAGGCGUGGUAGUGGUACCUGUAGUCCCAGCUACCUGGGAGGCUGUGGCAAGAGGAUUGCUGAAGUCUGAAGAGGUGGAGGACACAGUGAGCUGUGAUGGCACCACUGCACUCCAGCCUGGGCAACAGAGCAAGAUUCAUCUCUAAAAAAAACCCCAAAAAAAACAAAAAAAAACAAGGCCAGGUGCAGUUGCUUACACCUGUAAUCCUGGUACUUUAGGAGGGUAAGGCUGGAGGAUUGCUUGAAGCCAAGAGUUCAAGACCAGCCUGGUCAAUACAGCAAGACCCUGUCCCAUGUAAAAAAUAAACAACUUAAAUGAAUAAAUAAGGCCAGGCAUGGUGGCUCAGGCCUGUAUCCCAGCUACUCUGGAGGCCGAGGAAGGAGAGAAUCGCAAAUCACUUGAACCCAGGAGGUGAAGGUUGCAGUGAGCCAAGAUCGCACCAUUGCACUCCAGUCUGGGCGGUGGAGCAAGGCUCCAUCUCAAAAAAAAAAAAAAAAAAAGAAAGUUACCUGGGUUCAACUGAAGCGUGAGCCUGCUCCACCCAGAGAAGCACUCUUUAUGAGAACCAGUGGGAAGGACUGAGCUGCUAGAACCUAUUCCCUGUGAAUCCAUGGCAUGAUAGGUGCGAAAAAAAUAAAAGACCUCUAGACUGUAAAAAUGUUUCUCUUCAUUGGUAGAAGUAUGGUAUCCUCUCCCUCAAAGAAAUAUUUCAAACAAAUUUUAAUUAUGUCCUAAUUCAUUAGGUAAUGUCUUGACUAUUCAAAUGUAAGGUAUUUCUUGGUGAACUGUACUCACUUGGUUAGAAAAUGGCCAGGUAUUAUGUAUGAAAUAUUUGUAUUGGUUUGAAGAUAGUCCUUCUAAAUCAUCAAGGAAAUUUACACACACACACACACACACACACACAGAUUUUCAAAGAAGGAAAAAGAGGCUGGAUAUAGUGGCUCAUGCCUGUAAUCCCAGCACUUUGGGAGGCCGAGGAGGGCAGAUCUCUUGAGACCAGGACUUUAAGACCAACCUAGGCAAUGUAGUGAGAACUCAUUUCUCUAAUUUUUUUUUUUAAAGCAUGGAACUGGGUAUCCCUGCAUGGAAAGCAGCAUCCUAGGUGCCACAUCCCUCCCCCUUCCCAGCACCCCCCGUUCCCAGCACCCCUCCCCUUCCCAGCAGCCCCCUUCCCAACACCCCCACUUUUCAGCAUUCCUCCCCCUUCCUAGCACCCCUCCCCGUUCCCAGCAUCCCUCCCCACUGCAGUUUUGCUCAUCCUAUGCUACCCUUCCCUAUGUAUUCCCUACAUGCACAUUCUGUCUGCAGACACUGGCUCUGGUGUCACCUCCUCCAGAAAGGCCUCCAACUCCCUCCACAGCCCCUUACCUCUCUGCCCCUCUCUUGUGCUGGCCCAUCCCCCAUCCAAGCCCCAGACCUAGACCACGCCUUCUGACCAUCACAUGGUGGACAGUGUGCUGCCCUGGCCAGCCUGGGAGACAGGCUGCUCAAGGUGGGCUCAAGGCAGGGGGACCCACAGGCCACCAUAAGGACACACUUAUGGGGCCAUCUCGCCCUCAGCUCUCUCAGGACCUGGUGCGCAUGGGCCACCUGACAGGGCUAAAGCCCCUGGUGCUGGUCACCUUCCAGUCCCCAGUCAAUUUUUACCGCUGGAAGAUAGAGCAGCUGCAGAUCCAGAUGGAGGCUGCCCCCUUCCGCAGCGAAGUUUCAGAGGAAUGCGUAGCAGAGGAAGUGUGUAGCAUGAGCUGGUACACACCCAUGCCCAUCAAGAAUGGCAGCGUGAUCAUGCAGGUGGACAUCAGCAGCAAUCGCCUGGGGACCUUCAUUCAAGAUAAAUGCUUCCAGAUGAACAUCAACGGCUUCCUGAAGAGAGAUGAGGAGAGCCGCAUCGUGUACACUGUGGGAGAGGAGCUGUACGACCUGUUACCUGAGCACUUUGUGGGUAUCUCAUCGAGGCCCCUGUGGUACACUGUGAACCAGGCACCUGUGCUCAUCCUGGGUGGCAUUCCCAAUGAGAAGUAUGUCCUGAUAACUGACACCAGCUUCAAGGAUCACUCGUUCUUGGAGCUGAGCAUUGACAGUUGCUGGGUGGGCUCCGUCUACUGCCCCCAUUCUGACUUCACCGCCACCAUCUAUGACGCUAUUGCCACCGAGAGCACCCUCUUCAUUCGGCAGAACCAGCUGGUCUACUACUUUACAGGCACCUACACCACACUCCACGAGAGCAGCCGCGGCAGUGGCAGCUGGGUUCGUGUCCUGGCCAGUGAGUGCAUCAAGAAGCUGUGCCCUGUGCAUUUCCCUGCCAAUGGCUCUGAGUACGUAAUGGCCCUUACCUUGGGCAAGAAUGAGGGUUUCCUACACCUCGGGACCAUCACAGAUGGCCAGGUGUCCUUCGAGAUGCUGCCCAAGCAGUGGUCUGUGUGCCAGCAGAUAGAAGUUUACACCUGUAACAUAAUUUGGUCCGAAUACAUCGUGGACGAAUAUACCCUACUGCUGCUGGUGGAGAGUGCAUACAGUUCGAGCAGUAAAUUGUACCAUCUGGUCACCUACAACAGAGUUACUGAGGAAACGGAAAUUGUCUACGUAGUCCCAGAAUUUGUCCCUGAAGCUCGAGGGUUGGAGUUCCUGAUGAUCCUAGGGACAGAGACCUACACCAAAACUCCUAUGGUCCCCAAGGGCAUCUCCUCUAACCCCUACAACAACUUGAUCUUCAUCUGGGGCAACUUCCUUCUGCAGAGCUCUAACAAGGAAGACUUCAUCUACCUGGCAGACUUCCCCAAGGAACAGACCAUCAAAUAUGUAGCCAGAUCAUUCCUUGGGAACAUGGUCAUAGUCACAGAGACAGAGGAGAUCUGGUACCUUGUGGAGGGCACCUACCAGGUGUACCAGCUGUUCCCGUCCAGGGGCUGGGACGUGCACAUCAGCUUACAGCUGAUGCAGCAAUCCUCUCUCUACGCAUCUAAUGAAACCAUGGUGACCCUUUUCUAUGAAGGCAACAAACUAUAUCAGCUGGUGUACCUUAUGUACAAGUAUGAGAGCCGGCUGGUCAAGAGGCCCGUGCCCGUGGAGAAGCUUCUGAUGUAUCAACAGUAUACCAACCACUAUGACUUGGAGCGGAAAGGGAACUACUCGAUGCUCUCCUUCACCAACUUCUGCCCCUUCUCGGUGAUGCGCCUGCGGAACCUGCCCAGACCGCAGAGAUACACGCGCCAGGAGCGCUACCGGGCGCGGCCGCCGAGCAUCUUGGAGCGCUCGGGCUUCCACACCAAGAACUCACUCGCCAUCUACCAGGGCCUGGUCUACUACCUGCUCUGGCUGCACUCCAGAUACGACAAGCCGUACGCGGACCCGGUGCACGACCCCACCUGGCGCUGGUGGCAGAACAACAAGCAAGACAAGGAUUACUUCUUCUUCCUGGCGAGCAACUGGCGAAGCGCGGGUGGCGUGUACAUUGACAUGGACAGUUAUGAAAAGAUCUACAACCUCGAGCCCGAGUUCGAGCUGCCGGAGCGCAUUUUUCUGGACAAGGGCACUGAGUACAGCUUCACGAUCUUCCUGUCGGCGCAAGGCCACUCGUUCCGUGCAGAGACAGAACUCGGCAGCGCCUUCCAACUGCAGACCCAGGUGGACGUGGGCGUGGUGCUGGCCAACCCAGGCUGCAUCGAGGCCUUGGUGAAGCAGGAGGUCCUGAGUAAUCGCAACUCGGUGCUAUUUUUGAUUACGCUCAAGGAUAAAAAGCUUUGCUAUGACCAAGGCAUUAGCGGACAUCACCUUAUGAAGACUUCCAUGAUGGUCAAUGUGAGGUCCAAGCCUGGAGGUGGUGGGCUCAUCUGGGCUCUGCUUCCAGGAAACACACCUGGAGUCCCAUAUGGCAACCUGAUGGUGCCAGUGCUCAUAGGCUGCCCCCCAGGCAAGCGCCUGGCCUUCGACAUCACCUAUACACUGGAAUACAGCCGCCAGCAGAACAAACACUACUUCGACUGCGUGCACGUGGACCCCGAGAUGCCCUGCUUUCUCUUCCGGGAUGUUUUCUACCCCUUCUUCUUGAUUCAAGAUUUGGUGACAGGAGAAUCCGGCAGUUUCCAGGGCAGCUACAUGCUGCUGGUGGUGGGUGGCGGGCCUACACUGGAAAGCAUCAGAGACUACAGCAGUGACGAAAUCUACCGUUUCAACAGCCCCCAGGACAAGACCAACAGCCUUAUCUGGACCACAAAGACCGUAAGGACCACCAACGACUCAGCCUUCCACAUCAUGUCCCACCAGAGCCCUGGCAUCGAGUGGCUGUGUCUGGAGAACUCCCCAUGCUAUGACAACAUUCCCAGAGGCAUCUUCUCCCCUGAAUUCUUCUUCAAGGUGUUAGUGAGCAAUAGAGGAGUGGACACGAGCACCUACUGCAACUACCAGCUCACCUUCCUGUUGCACAUCCAUGGGCUGCCACUCAGUCCCAAGCGGGCCCUCUUCAUUUUCAUGGUGUCGACCAGCGUGAUUGUGGGCCUGGUGAUCUUCUACAUCAUCUUCUGCCUCCUGUUGCCCUUCAUGGUGCAGGGCUGCACGAUGCUCCGGUGGAAGAUUAAUGACCUCAUUGCCUCAGACUCCUACUACAGCUACACCUCCAUUUCCGGAAUCUCCAGCAUGUCAUCUCUGAGACACUCCAGGCCAGGCUCCAUUGUCAGCUCCAGGAUAGAAGAGGAUGGGGCUGAACGUAGGGAAGCCACGGAGGGACAGUUGAUGACCUUAGCCUCUCACCUGCCCCCGCCCCCAGCCACCAUCACGCCUCCCCUACAAGGCCCAUCUUGAAGAUGUGCCUGUCACCCAGCCCAGGCCUCUUUUUCUGUUUUGCUUGAUGUUUACUUCUCGUUCAGACUCAAAUAAAGCCUGAUUUCAGGACCA